AUGGCUGAAAGUGAUCUCAAGACGCCAAAGGGCAAGAUGUCUGCUUAUGCCUUCUUUGUGAAGACAUGCAGAGAGGAACAUAAGAAGAAAAAUCCAGAGGUUCCUGUCAAUUUUGCAGAAUCUUCCAAGAAGUGCUUUGAGAAUUGGAAAACAAUGUCAGGGAAAGAGAUAUCUAAAUUUGAUGAGAUGGCAAAAGAAGAUAAAGUACGCUAUGAUCAGGAAAUGAAGGCGGUUAAAGGAGGCAAGAAGAAGGACCCCAAUGCCCCCAAAAGGCCACUGUCUGGAUUCUUUCUAUUCUGUUCAGGAUUCUGCUCCAAGAUCAAAUCCACAAACCCUGGCAUCUCUAUUGGAGAUAUGGCAAAGAAGCUGGGCGAGAUGUGGAAUAACUUAAGUGACAGUGAAAAGCAGCCUUACAACAAUAAGGCUGCAAAGCUGAAGGAGAAGUAUGAGAAGGAUGUUGCUGAUUAUAAGACUAAAGGAAAAUUUGAUGGCGCCAAGAGUCUCGCUAAAGUUGCUCAGAAAAAGGAAUCAGAAGAGUCUCAGCAGUGCCUCUCUCCCAGCUUUACUGACAUUUUUUGGAUAAUAAACUAA